CAGGCCAAACGGAGUCUAAGGACUCGCCACGCGAUGUCUCAACUCUGACGGCCCGCCCCGGGGAAAAGGGAACCGAUUUGAGAGCGGCAUCUGUUGAGCCGGCUGAGAAGAAUUCGGGAGAGGAAAUUAUCCCGGAACAAGGAAAUAAGCAUGAUGCUGGAAGUAAGUCUCAGAAGGCGAAAACGAAGAAGGAUUCCAGAUGGAGCACGAGUAGAAAGAAUGGGAAAUCCCAACUGAACCGAAAGGGAUCCGAGAAGUCGAAAUUCAGUGCAAGCGACUUCAUCCAGCCUAAAACAGCAAAGGGACAGGGCUACAGGUAUUCGCACCAGGGUUCGUCGCAUUCGACGAGUUUCGCGAUGUCCGAUUCGGCAUCAAUCGCCGGUUCGUCUGUGGCGAGCAGCGUGUCUUCGGGACAUGUGCCCCCGGGUAGCGCCGGGGGAGUGAUCCAGCAGGGACUCGGUACCAAUGGACGGCUUUUGCUACUCAGCCUACGAGGGGAAUGGGGGACUGCGGAGACCUUACUUCGGAAUGCAGAAAAGGGCGACCCAGAGAUAAACAGACAAGAUGAAGAAACUGGAGUCACUCCGUUUAUGCUGGCCGUCAAAGACAACAAAAUUGUGGUAGCGGAGAGAUUAAUUGAUCUCGGAGUGCACAUCAAUGCCAGGGCAAAGGACGGACGUUCAGCAAUCCAUUAUGCUGCUGCGUCUGCCAAGGAUGAGAUCACGAAGCUUCUUAUCUCAAAGAGGGCCGAUACGACACUCGUAGGCGGGCCUGCGAGUCAGCUGGCCCUCCACAUGGCGGCUUCACGGACUAGCGGUGGCCUGCUGCAAGUCCAGCAGCUACUGAAGACGUCGGGGAAGGAUUCCAGGCUAGCCAAAGAUGCGAAUGGCUGCAUACCCCUCUUCCUGGCAGUGGAGUCUGGCAACAUCUCGGUGGCCCGGGAGCUGCUGACCCACCAGCGAGAGGAGCAACUGCGAACGGUGAAGGCGGACACGGGCGACACGCCGCUCCACGCGGCCUGCCGCCGCAAGGACCCAGAUCUGAUCAAGCUGCUGGUGGAAUGCGGGGGCAGCGUCAAUGUCCAGAAUGACGAAGGGCACUCCCCACUGCACAUUGCCGCUUGGGUAGGGGACGAGACGACAAUGAAAUACUUCUAUCUAGCGAAGGCAGAUGCCAACAUACUGGACAAGUUGGAUCGUUCCCCGGUCCACAUUGCCGCCGAGAAUGGCCACACGAACAUUGUGGAGUUGCUCGUGGAUAAGUUUAAGGCCAAUGUGUCAGCCCGGACCAAAGACGGCAGCACCCUGAUGCACGUGGCCUCUCAGUGUGGCCACCCAGAGACGGCGCUCAUGUUCCUCAAGAAAGGUGUCCCUCUUCACAUGCCAAAUAAGGCUGGUGCCGUGUGUCUUCAUGCAGCUGCCAAGCGUGGUCACAUGGCAGUGGUCAAGGCACUGUUACAAAAGGGAGCUUUAGUGGAUGCCAAGACAAAGGACAGCUACACAGCAUUGCACAUAGCAGUCCAGCACUGCAAACCGUUGGUGGUGCAGACUUUGCUGGGCCACGGGGCCCAGGUGCAACUCAAGGGAGGGAAGGCGGAGGAAACACCCCUGCACAUCGCAGCUCGCAUCAAGGAAGGGGAGAAGGUAGCGGAGAUGUUACUGAAGAGUGGCGCUGACGUCAAUGCAGCGAUGGCGAAUGGAGAGACGGCCAUGCACACAGCAGCUAGACAUGGUCAUUUGUUGAUGGUACAGGCGUUACUGGAAGAGGGAGGGGAUCCUGUGUGCCAGUCCAAGUCUGGUGAGAAUCCACUCCAUAUUGCUGUGCGACGGUCGCAUUACCCCAUCGUCAAGGAGAUCAUACAGUUCUUGCACAAUGAGAUGUCGCGCCUGGAUGCCGUCAUGGCAGUCAACGAACAAAGCACGGAAGGAGAAACACCGCUCCACUAUGCAGCUGAAAUCACAAAAGAGAUGAUCCAUUACUCUGGGGAGGAUACUGACAUCAUGCAGUUGUUGCUGCAGUAUGAUGCGGACAUCAACCUCAUCACUAAACUGACCCAAGAGUCGUCGCUCCACUACUGUGCCAGAGCAGGCAACAACAACAUCAUGCUGAAGAUGGUGAACCACCUGGGACCCAACCGGACCCAGCUCGCUGUCAACAGACAGAGCAAGAAUGGCUGGUCCCCCCUCUUGGUUGCCAGUGAAGAAGGCCACGUUGAAAUUGUCAAACUCCUCCUUCAGAGCAAUGCCAGAGUGGAUGUGUUUGACGAGCACGGCAAGGCAGCCCUCCACCUGGCCGCCGAGAACGGCCACAGGGAGGUCGCCGACAUCCUCCUCUGGCACAAGGCCUUCGUCAACGCCAAGUCCAAGCUGGGCAUCACCCCGCUCCAUUUGGGGGCGCAGAACGGUCACAACGAGCUGGUCAAGUUGCUGAUCUGCACCCACAGUGCCACCAUCGAUGCCCUCUCCCUGGCGAAGAAGACGCCCCUCCACUUAGCCGCCCAGAGUGGCCAAUUGGAAGUCUGCGAGACACUGCUGAAAUUGAAAUCCGACCCCAACUCUAGCGAUAUGUUGAGAGUUGACAAUCAUGGUCAGACUCCAUUGCACCUCGCAGCCAAGAACGACCAUGCCGAAAUCGUCAAGCUCUUCUUGAAACACAAGCCGGAGCUAGUCACAAUGGCCAACUCGGAUGGGUCUACAUGUGGGCACAUCGCCGCCUCCAAAGGGAGUGUGGCUGUCAUCAAGGAACUCUUGCGCUUCAACAAAAUCGGCGUAUGCACAGCUAAGAACAAGACCAACGACUCUACAGCGUUGCACCUAGCGGCCGCGGGAGGUCACAAAGACGUGGUGUCUGUCCUGAUCGAUAAUGGAGCCUCACCAACUGAGGAGAAUGCUGACGGGAUGACUGCAAUCCAUCUGGCUGCCAAGAACGGCCACGUCGGCGUCCUGGAGUCACUGAAGGGCAAGGUGUCCUGGAAGGCCCCCAGUGUCAAGACGGGCCUGACGGCGCUGCAUAUUGCCGCCCACUACGGCCAGAGCGACUUUGUCCGGGAGAUGCUGACCAAGGUGCCGGCCACCAUCCGCAGCGAAUCGCCCGCAUCUAUGCCAGGGGACCUCAAGGAAAUCUCCAUUCACGAUCAUGGCUUGACUCCCCUUCAUCUUGCGGCACAGUCUGGCCACGAGGGCCUCGUCAGGUUGCUCCUAAACUCUCCUGGUGUCCAGCCCGACGUACCAACCCAGGAACAGGGGACGAUUCCUCUGCACCUGGCCUCCCAGAGUGGCCACACGGCCGUGGUGGGUCUCCUUCUCAGCAAAUCCACCACGCAGCUCCACGUAAAGGACAAGAGGGGACGCACUGGGCUCCACCUAGCUGCAGCCAACGGCCACUAUGACAUGGCAUCCCUGCUUCUCGGGCAGGGCUCGGACAUCAACGCCUUCGAUAAGAAUGGCUGGACACCUCUCCAUUUUGCAGCAAAGGCCGGCUUCCUCAAUGUCGUGACGCAUUUGGUGGAGAGUGGCGGCUCACCAAAGUUUGAGACCAAGGAUGGGAGAGUAGCCAUUUGCUACGCGGCAGCAGCUAAUCAUCUCGCCGUGCUCAGCUACCUGAUGAAGAAAGAACACAACACACAGCACCUGAUGGAGGACAGGAAGUUUGUUUUUGAUUUAAUGGUGUGCGGCCGCUACAACAACAACGAGUCCAUCCAGGAGUUCAUUCUGCGAUCGCCAGCUCCCAUCAAUACAGCAGCCAAGCUCUCCAAGAACUUCCGGCAGCAGUCGGCCAGGGAGAAGGAACGGGCCCGGGACCUGACAGAGGCCAGCGCCUUCUGCGAGUGCAUGGCGGUGGACCUGCUAUCAGUCUCAGCCAGCACCAGCAGCGCCGGCCACCUGCUGCGCUCGGUGGACAGCCGGGGCAUCACCUUCCUGGACGUUCUCAUCGAGUGCGAGGACAAGGAGGUGGUGGCACACCCUUCAGUGCAGCGCUAUCUUUCCGAUCUGUGGAUGGGCAAUCUGACCUGGGCAUCCUGGCAGAUCCUCCUCCUGUUCCUAGUCUUCAUCAUCUUGCCACCCAUUUGGGUCUUCUUUUCCCUCCCUCUAAAGUUACGUUUCAACAAGCUCCCCAUCAUCAAGUUCAUGGGUUACCUGGUCUCCCACAUCUACCUGAUCAUCUUGCUGAUCUUGACGACGGUGAUCACCCCGUUCAUCGAGGAAUUCAUCCGGACCAAGUCGCUUGUGCCCAACUGGUAUGAGUGGCUUCUUCUAGUCUGGCUGACGGGUCUCCUGGUGUCGGAGAUUACUAACCCAGGCGACCGGCAGGGCCUAGGCUACAUCCGGGUUGUCACGCUGGCGUUCUCCUCGGUGGCCUGCAUCAUCCACAUCGCUGCCAUCCCCUUCAGCGACGACACCAAGCUCUACAUGAUCUAUGCCCGCAACCAGUUCUUCGCCUGGUGCCUCCUCUUCACCUUCGCCGGCCUGCUGGAGUUCCUCUCCUUCCACCAUCUCUUCGGACCCUGGGCCAUCAUCAUCCGCGACCUCAUGAAGGACCUGGUCCGAUUCAUGGUCAUCCUGCUCAUCUUCCUAGUUGGGUUUAUGCUACACCUGUCGGCCGUCUACCAGCCGGUCACCGAGCAGACACCAGAGAUGGCCAACAGCACAGACUCGAUCCAGACCCCCAUCGACACCUUUGUGGUGCUGUUCUUCUCCCUCUUUGGGCUGGUUGAGCCAGGGGAUCUGCCCCCCACGAUCCGGAGCCCACCCUUCACCACCGUCUUGGUCAAGUUCGUCUUCGGCACAUAUCUUAUCGUGACCCUCAUUGUCCUCAUCAAUCUGCUCAUUGCCAUGAUGAGCGACACCUACCAACGCAUCCAGGCCCAGUCUGACACAGAGUGGAAGUUUGGCAGGGCCAAGCUUAUUCGUCAGAUGAACAAGUCCUCCGCUACCCCGGCCCCCCUCAACAUACUCACCAAGUUGGUCACGUACUGCAAAGCGGCCUACAAACACAAAUGUAAAGUGUGUAGCGCACAGGCCCGCGACUACAUCAACGAGAACGAAGAGAUGGAUGCAAUAUCAGAUGCUCGAUCCAUUGAUAUCUUCGGUCAUCACACUCACUGGCUGAGAAACGUUGUUCGUCGCAACACACAAGUCGCUCCCGACGGCGGAUUCCUACGAGCCGGUAACGGCAACGGCCCCACCCGCAUCGAGGAGGUGCUGGACUGGGACAAGGUGGUCCGGCGCUACCUGGUCAUUAAGGGGCUUGAGGAGGACCCAAAACUCAAAGAGGAGCCAGGGCUGGACGACGAGAGCAGGACUGGCAAUGCCAACAACACCGCCGUCAAUAAGGCCGACGGGACAAAGAACGCCAACCACGUCGUGUGAGUCUGCCGGCACCAAGCUUAGCAGGAACAAGCCGUGCGCCGUAAUGAAAUUCAGUCACGCCUGUUGUGCUAAUAAAAUUCACUCAUGUGAAGGACAAAUGUUGUUUGUGUCGGAAUCUGUAAUAGUACAAGUUACAGUAGUACUUUGGGAGAAUCUUUAAAAUGUUUCACUCUGAAGUGCCAGUUUCGGUUGAGAAGAUUCACUGCUCAUCUCGGGGACAGCUUCCAAGGUUCUAAGAGGAAGGCAUGGGCCCACAUAUCAACAUGCUAGCAUUUCCAAAAUGCUUGGGCACUGCCGUUUUCCCACCUUCAAAUCACAGUGAUUCGCAAGGACGACUUGUAAAGUGGCAAUGGUUUAGGCAUGCUAGUUAUUCUCAUUGGUGAUAAAGCAAGAACGAUAACACCAUGCAUCAUCUGCCAGGCUCUGAAAUAGAGACUAGCACCGUAAGAAAGGGAAAAAACCACUGAAGAGGAGAACACAAGAAAAAGCUGUCAAGAUCACUCUUUUCCUCUGCCAAUUGUGGGGUCAUGUUGUACCUUUACAUUUUUUUCUCCCAAAAUUGUGAUUAUUGCAAAGGCAGCCUCAAAAAAAAAGACAACUGGAACUCACUUAUUUACGGUAUCACCUUACAGCCACAAACGUUUCUCUAAAGUUCCUCCUUUCCUGUUGCUGGUUUCUUGGAGACAGUGUAGCGGCCGUCCUGGUUGCAGAGGUGGAUUGUAAUUUUGUCCAGUUUGUUCUACUCUCCGACAUUGCUUUCUGUUAAUAAAAGAAAAUCUGUCAUUUGAAAAACUCAACAUUUCAGAUCCUGUGGUAGAGAAUUGAUAGAUUUUACACUCCCGAGCUUUCACGGCUGGCUUCUACUUUGAGGAAGUACUUGUCAAGAAAGUAUUUACUCUUUUGAGUACUCAGUGUCAUAUAGUCAUACUGUUUAAAUUGCAUCUCAAAGGUGCUAAGUUCACUUGGGUACUAAAUACCACUUACACCAAGGACUUGGGCAUUGCCAGCGAUUAUAUAAGUUAUAAUGAAAAUUUUGCGGGAUCUAAUUCAAUUCAGUUUCGGAAGAGAAAUCACCUUGAAUAAAUUGCUGUUAAUGUAAACCUUGAGAAAUGUAUUUGUGUGCUAUUCAAAAAGUUAUUUCAAUUUGGACUGUCAUUCCAUCCAGAUUUUCUGAUUCAGCGACAGUACUUCUUGCCAAGAGACGCAGUAAUCAAUUUAACAGCAGAGCAGCAUUAUUGUACAUUUUCUGAUGUAAGAAUACAGUUGCCAAUUUCACGGCACUGCUUAGCGCAAGUAAAAAAUUAGCGCUUACCCCAGCAGAAAUUCUGUGCUGACGCCGAACGGGUUAGCGAGGAAUUUUGGUUUGUACGCAUGCGUACAUCCUGUAACUAAGGAUUCUGUGCUUUAAGGGUUAGCGCGGAAUUCUGCGGUAAGCAGCGCCAUGAAAUUGGGCCCAGGAGACAGGAAACAUUUAUACUAAUCGUGAAUUUCACUUAACGCUGCAAUUUUUUAACCGUGUUCACCAAGUUGUUUGUAGCUGACAGCAUUAUGUUUUCCCCCUUUUGAAGCAAAUUCCAUACUUUCAAUAUUUGCAAAAAUACAUCUCCUUUGUGUUUCAGCAAAGUAUAGCAAUACAGAUGGAAUAGUACAGUACAUUGUAUUAGAAUUUAAAUUAAUACAGUUGUGACAAUGAUGUACCAAAAAAUCCUUCAAGUCUGGUGUAAAUCUUAUAAUGCUUACUUUGAGCUGUCUACUUCGGACGUUAUCCAAGCACGUACCAUCUUCAUUUUUGUCCAUUGUGAUGUCUGUAACCUCAUGUCCUUUUUAUAAAAGAAAAAGAAAUCACGAAAUGGUAAUUACUUUCAAAAAGUUGCUCUUAGCAUUUAUUUAGAUUGGACAUUGACAUUUUUGCAGGACUGUUUGCAGGAGAAAAGGCAAAGCAAAAACAAACAAACAAACAAACAAACAGUAUGUUCAAUUUUCCCAUCACGGCAAAAUGUAGGUCUGUUGGUUGGUCAGUGUUUUGCUGUACACAGAAAUCUCUGUAAUACACAGUGAAAGUUGGGAGUUUAGUUUUGGGAAGACUACGACUCUAAAGUAAAUCUGCCUUUUUAUAUCUGUAAAUUAAGUAUAUUUUAAACCAAUAUUUACUUGCAUGUAUAUGAUAAUGUACAGUAGAGAGAUUACCAAAAGCAACUAUUUUUAUGUAUUAGUACUUCUGUAAAGAUACGUCGAUAUUUAUUACCAGCAAAGGUUCUUUGGUCAAAUGCGUUACCUGUUCAUAAAUAUCAACUGCACAUAUUCAGAAGUCGUAACAGUAUUAGAUGUUUUAAAGUCAGCAUUGAUGUUUACUGUGUACUGAAUUCGUUAAAUAAUGUCACUUUGCAAAAAUCGAAACCCCGAUUAUAACAUCAGGUUAUUUGAUAAGUAAUUGUUGACGCUCAGUCUCCACUCCAGGUAUGCGUUUGUGUACAGCAUCGGAAGACGCUGGAAAACGAAGAUUGAAGUGUAGAAAUGGAUAAGGACCCAGAGAAAAAUGAAGUAUUUUUUCCAAUUUUCUACCUUCAAAAAUGUGGUUUUAUCUACUGAAGCUAAAAUGACACUGUCCAGGAAAUCUUUAACUGAACAAUUCAAAUGAAAUGUUUAUAUGAAUUUCUGAAACUCUCGUUUCUAUACAAGUGCCACUCGGUCAAAUGCUGACUUUCGUCAUGUUUGCUUUGUUGGCUUUUCAGACCCAGUACUUUUCAAAGAUUUGACGGUACAAGAACUAGUGUCAGUAGGAUUUUUGCACAAAAGCCGAAGUUCUAAACAACGGUUGACGGAAGGUAACAAAGGAAAAGAGGAACAAUGGAAAAGUGCAAGCAUGAAAAGAUGUUUUAUCUUCAGUGAGCCUAGUUUUUUUUUCUGCGAAUGACAUGAUGUUGUAUCAGUGAUUUCUAUUUUCAGCUUGUAAUUUGAUAUAAUUUGUACACAGAUAAAAACACCUAAUACGUAAUUUUGUAUUAACAAAUGUAUCUUAAAUUUGCAUAGUGUAAUAAAUGCUGUAGACAGAACUGAAUUGAGUAGACAAUUG